GACCGUGCUGGAAACUUCUAACCAAAACCCCUAAUGUCUCGAGGUGGCGCACCCCAACAAACUGGCUCCGCCUCCUUCCUCCUCCCCUCCGGCCUCCGCCGCUGCCUUCUUUUCCCCGUGCGCAUAGUCGCUCGCAGAGGCGCCGACAUCACUUCGUCCGGACCGGAAACACGCACGAAGUGAGGACCAGCACCAAACACCGCGCCGCUUCUCCUAUAUUUGUUCCUCUCCCGGAGCCGCAUCGUGUGUAAGCGUGUGGCGGAUCCAUGGCAGCGGCGGCGGAUACCUCGGAGGCGUCCGCGGCAGGAAUCGCGCUCGCAGAGGCCAAUAUCAACUGGGAGAGGUUGGACAAGACGAGGUUUCAUGUGAUUGGAGCUAUCCUGUUCACGGCCCAGCAAGGUGCUCUGCACCCAACAGCUGUUGUGAAGACUAGGAUGCAGGUUGCUGAAGGUGGGCUUGCACAUAUGUCUGGGUUUGCUGUUUUUAGGAGGAUAUUGAGAAGCGAUGGCAUCCCUGGCAUUUUCAGAGGAUUUGGCACCGCUGCUGUUGGAGCUCUGCCUGGGCGAGUGCUAGCUCUAACAUCACUGGAGAUCUCUAAAGAAAUGACAUUUAAGUAUUGUGAACAUUUUGAUCUGUCAGAGGCGUCACAAAUUGCUAUAGCAAAUGGCAUUGCAGGUCUAAUGUCGAGUAUCUGUUCAUGCUCAUACUUUGUGCCUCUAGAUGUGAUUUGCCAAAGGCUCAUGGUUCAAGGAUUGCCAGGGAUGGCAACAUACAGGGGCCCAUUCGAUGUGAUAAAUAAGGUUGUCAGAACAGAAGGGAUCCGGGGGCUUUAUCGAGGUUUUGGUAUCACUAUGUUGACUCAGUCGCCAGCUUCAGCCCUUUGGUGGAGUGCAUAUGGUGGUGCUCAACAUGCUAUUUGGAGGAGUUUGGGUUAUGGAAAUGACUCACAAACAAAACCAUCUCAAUCAGAACUUGUUGUUGUCCAAGCAACAGCAGGAACAAUUGCUGGUGCUUGCUCGUCGAUUAUCACCACUCCAGUAGAUACCAUCAAGACUCGGCUUCAGGUUAUGGACAACUAUGGUAAAGGCAGGCCUUCAGUCAUGAAAACUACCAGGCUGCUGCUUGAUGAAGAUGGCUGGAGGGGAUUCUAUAGAGGUUUUGGACCGAGGUUUCUUAACAUGUCUGUCUGGGGCACAUCAAUGAUCGUGACAUAUGAGCUCAUAAAAAGGCUAUCCGUGAAGUCUGAAUGACACAUUUUGGUGGAUUCUCAACUAAGGUGAUUUACUGUUCAAAAUCAUCUAUACAGAUAUAGGCAAUCAAGUCAGUUUGCCUCGCGAAGAGUAUAGGCGAGUAUUAUGAUCGGGUGGGAUGCAGAAUUAUGGUUUAGUUGCAUAGGAUAACAUGCUUCUGUAUGACACUUGCGAUGUAUAUAUUUUUGCUAAAGAGCCCUCCUUUCAGGAUGUUUGUAGCCAGCUUCUUUUGGAUGUAACAGAUGGAGGCCAAGACGCCUGUUCUGUCUAAUGAGGCACAUUAUAUGUAGCUGUACUAUUCGUGGUCCAACAAAAUUUUGGCAAAGAACUCUGCAUCCUUUUCGUU